AUGGCUGACCUGAGCUUCAUCGAAGAUUCCGUCGCCUUCCCGGAGAAGGAGGAGGAUGAAGAGGAGGAGGAGGAGGGUGUGGAGUGGGGCUACGAAGAAGGUGUUGAAUGGGGGUUGGUGUUUCCUGAUGCUAAUGGGGAAUACCAGUCUCCCAUAAACCUGAAUUCACGGGAAGCCAGAUAUGACCCCUCACUGCUGGAUGUCCGCCUCUCGCCGAAUUAUGUGGUCUGCCGGGACUGUGAGGUCACCAAUGACGGACAUACCAUUCAGGUUAUCCUGAAGUCAAAAUCAGUUCUGUCGGGAGGUCCAUUGCCUCAAGGGCACGAAUUCGAACUGUAUGAGGUCCGAUUUCAUUGGGGAAGAGAAAACCAGCGUGGUUCUGAGCACACAGUUAAUUUCAAAGCUUUUCCCAUGGAGCUGCAUCUGAUCCACUGGAACUCCACCCUGUUUGGCAGUAUUGAUGAGGCUGUGGGGAAGCCACAUGGAAUCGCCAUCAUUGCUUUGUUUGUUCAGAUAGGAAAAGAACAUGUGGGCCUAAAGGCUGUGACUGAAAUCCUCCAGGAUAUUCAGUAUAAGGGGAAGUCCAAAAUAAUACCCUGCUUUAAUCCUAACACUUUAUUACCAGAUCCUCUGCUGCGUGACUAUUGGGUGUAUGAAGGCUCGCUCACUAUUCCACCUUGCAGUGAGGGUGUCACCUGGAUAUUAUUCCGAUACCCUUUAACUAUAUCCCAGCUACAGAUUGAAGAAUUCCGAAGGCUGAGGACACAUGUGAAGGGGGCAGAACUCGUGGAAGGCUGUGAUGGGAUUUUGGGAGACAAUUUUAGACCCACGCAGCCACUUAGUGACAGAGUCAUCAGAGCUGCAUUUCAGUAGCCAGAGGGAACAGGAACAAGCCAGGCUUCCUCCGGAGGAAGACAAUGGUGGUAUAGUGCCCUAGGAUGAGAAUGGAAACGUCUGAGCUGCAGCUUUGGUUUUUCCUGAAAGCCUGCAUUGUUUGUCUUCAGCUAAUCCAGCUUUGAUGGACAUCUCUGGCAGUUGCCUGUACACAUGCUCUAAUGAAAUAUUAGGAAUGGCUGUACAUUGAAAAGAAGCCCCGUAUUAUAUAUC